CACCACAGUAACCGAGGUUUAUGUCAAAUUGAUGAUAAUUACCAUAAAAGGAGAAAGAAGAAGAAAGACGAGUCCACCGCUGGCUGCUGCUGCUCGCGAAGAAAAGCACCGCCACCGCAGCAGGUUCCCGUAAAACGACGUACGCAAAGCCAAAUACUUCUUUUUCAUUCUCUCUUCCGGUUCCAGUUUCCCACCAUCAAUCAAGAGUCAAGAAGAGUCAAGACAGUGAGGUUGUACGUUCGAUUUCUCAUUUCCUUCCGCUUUCGCUGCGUCGCAUCGCGUUCCGGUUGCUGCCAAAUUCAAAUUGUGUCGCUGAAACUGAAACGUAUUCGCCCACUGAUACAAACAACAUUGGGAACCACCCGACUCUGUCAUUUUCUUUUCUGUGGGAGGAAGAGUAACUUUUCAUCAGUUUCCGUCCUGGAAAAUUGGGCGACGGCCGAAAAUACCGCCGGUGAUAUCCUCCGUAGAAUUCGGCCCACUUUGGUGGCUGAGCAGAAGAGACAGGAGGUUGUUGACUAUGUACAACGAUUGAUCAGAACUCGUGUAGGAUGUGAGGUAUUUCCAUAUGGUUCCGUGCCACUCAAAACGUAUCUUCCUGAUGGAGAUAUAGAUUUGACUGCCAUCUGCUGUUCAAAUAUUGAGAGUGCCGUGGUUUCUGAUGUUUAUGCUGUUCUUAAGGAACAAGAAAUAAGUGGAACUUCUCGGUAUGAAGUGAAGGAUGUACACUGCAUUGAUGCUGAGGUUAAGCUUGUGAAAUGCCUGGUGCAGAAUAUUGUAGUAGAUAUAUCAUUCAAUCAGUUAGGAGGUCUCUGCACUCUGUGUUUUCUCGAACAGGUUGAUCGUCUUGCUGGUAAGGAUCAUCUUUUCAAACGGAGCAUCAUUCUGAUCAAAGCUUGGUGCUAUUAUGAAAGUCGAAUUCUUGGUGCUCACCAUGGACUGAUAUCAACAUAUGCUUUGGAAACACUUGUCCUGUAUAUUUUCCAUCUCUUUCAUAAUUCUUUGCAUGGCCCUUUAGCAGUCCUGUAUAGGUUUUUGGAGUACUUCAGCAAAUUUGAUUGGGAAAAUUAUUGCAUCAGCCUGCAUGGACCCGUUAUCAAAUCUUCCUUACCUGAUAUAGUGGCUGAAGCACCAGAAAAUAGUGGUCAUGGGCUAUUGCUGAGUGAAACCUUCCUUAGACACUGCACGGAAAUGUUUUCAAUCUCAUCGAGGAGGUCUGAGCCAAGCUUGAGGGUUUUUACCCUGAAGCAUCUAAAUAUAGUUGAUCCCAUUAAAGAAAAUAACAACCUUGGACGCAGUGUUAGUAGAGGAAAUUUUUAUAGAAUACGCAGUGCUUUCAAAUAUGGAGCUCGAAAGCUGGGUUGGAUUCUUUUAUUACCAGAAGAAAGAAUGGAAGCGGAGCUUAACAAAUUUUUUGCCAACACUUUAGAUAGGCACUGUUGGAGUAACGCAGAAUUCCCUACUAUGGACGCUGGCUUUGGGGUUUCAGUCCAGACAUCUGCACCAUUGGAGACGUGUGUUCUAGACAAGUUAUGUUUAGAGCCAACUUUGGACCUAAGAGAUGAAAAGACAUCAGGAGCUGAAGUUUCUUUCUCAAACAUAAGUUCUACAGGGUCAGGGUGCGAGUUCACAGGGAAUGUCCAGAAGCUUGGGAUGCCUGUUCUAAAUACAAGCAGCACUAAUGACGCACCUAAAUUGUCUUCCUUGCAUUCCAACCAGAUUAAUCUGGUCUCAGAGAACUGUUUCUGUGCCCCACAGAAUGGGUUUCGAAGCUUGUUAGGAAGCCGAAUGACCUCAGAUUGUGUUAAUAGUGAUGAGAUAUGUUUAACGUUAGAAGUUGAAUCUAAAGAUGAGGGUUUCAACAAAAGAUGCAAUGGAGACACUAGAAGCUUUGAAGAUGCUGGAAAGUUAUUAGAUCUUUGUGGAGAUUAUGAUAGUUACUUUAGAAACCUUAGAUAUAGUCAGAUUUGUGACAGGUAUGCCAUGUCUCCUACUCUACCGUUAAGCCCACCCAUGUCACCUCAUAGGCAGAAAAAUUAUCCUUGGCGAACCAACCAUCGAUCCCUAAACCACAAUCAUUAUAUUCCUUCGGGAAUUGACAGAAAUGGAUUCACCAUGGGACUACAGUCCAAUCCUGUUAAUCAUUUUGCGAUUGUUUUGGAGGAAAAUAAAAGGCCGCAAGGAAUUGGUACAUACUUCCCUAGGACGAAUACUUGUUCAUAUAGAGACAGGCAAUCUCAGGCAAAGGGAAAGAUUCAAGGACAGAUGACUCAGAGGCAAUUGCAAACACAAGAUCGCAGCAACGAAUUGUCUGCAACUUCAAGAGAACUUAGCCUAUCUGCAGAAGGCAGCCAUGAAUUCUCGGAAGCUGAAUUUCCAGCUCUUGGUAAUGGAAAAACGGGAUCAUCAGGUUCACCUCCCUCGCCUUGCAUUUCAAAAUGGAAAACCCCUCAUGGCAAUGAUACUUCAUGGCCUCACGAUGAACUUGGAGCUUGGCCCAUUUACCCGGAGCCUUGGGAUGCAACCAUCUCAGAAGCGAGCAACCCAAUAGAGCAAGGUGCUUCACACUGCUCAUCUAAGAUUGGGUUGUCAGCUACGGAAAAUCUGAAACGAGUAGAAGAAGACAAUCAAAGUCAUGAAAGGGUUGUUGAACAAUGUUUCCAUUUGAAGAACGAUGAAGAUUUUCCGCCGCUGUCCCACUGAGUGCUGUACAGGUGAGUGAGUGCAAGUAGACAACAAUAAAACUUAGGACAAGAUUGUCCCUCUAGCUGUAGUGCAAGAAAGAGUUUGUGUAUAUUUUUAGAAUCAAUGUCCUUAGACAUCUCUGGAAAUGGAUGUCUUGGGAGUGUGUAGGUGAUGGUGAACUUGUAAGUUUACUGGGUAAGGUAGGUAGGUUUACAUUACAUGAUCAGUGUUAUAAUGCUUUCCACUGCUUUGUAAAACACCAUGAGUUGAAUGCCAAGUGGAAGAAUGCUUUUGUUGUGCUUCUCGCAGCGAUGACAUAUCCAUAA